AUGGGGCGCAACACCAAAGGAGGGUUCCUUCAGGUAGUGGAGGAGUUCUAUAGUCACAUACCGGCAUUCACUGAUGUGUUCUCUGAGGACACAUUCUAUGUGUUUGUUGUAAUCUUUGUCAUGUCAACAAUCUUGGUUGCUUUUAUUCUAUCUCGAUUUGUUACAAUUAAACCAGUGGAUUAGUUAGCCUAAUAUUCAAUGUACAAACAUGUUUAAAUAUAUACAUAUAUAAUUA